CGACGGCACGGUGCAGAAGGGUCGGGUGAGAUCGGCUACCGGGUGGCGGGUGGCGGCACAACAACACCACCGGUGCAGCAGUACCGGUAGCGGGCGGCGGUACGCCGGCAACACGCUCGCCAGGCUGCUGAUCCUCUUUGUAAGUAGUAUUUUACUGUGCCACCCCUGGCAUGCCGGGGCGCCGCUGCUGCUGGACGGCGUCGGUGCGGUCCUGCUCGACACCAACGGUGGCGAUGGGAAGGGCGCGGUGCAGGCGUUCGGCGACGGGCUCGGCAUCAGCCUCGGCGGUUCCAACCUGGAGCAGAGCAUAGCGGCCGUGUUCAGUCGGGUCGCGUACGGUUCGACCACCACCACCAAGCGUAGCAUUCCGGAUAACGUGUACGUGCCCAGUCUGACGACCGUGUCCACGCCACUGCUGACCACGUUCAGGUACCGUGAGAAGGAUAAGGACCCGAUCAGUGGCCCGGGAGCUGGCGGCGGCGUAGGCCCCGGUGGCGAUAAGGAUUCCCACUACAACCACCAGCAAAUUAGUGCGAACCAUCGGAACUACGAGCUGGACCUCGAGCGGGACCACGUGCUGCCGACGUCCGCACCGAACGCGGAGAUUCUCAAGAGCAACAGCAAUCCGACCUACCCGAACCCGAACCGCCACCAUAACCACGACCGUCACCGGCACUCGAACUCGACACCGUAUCCUCACGGUCACAACGCGAAGAAGGGAUUCCCCACGAACUCGAUGUUCUCCGGUGACAUUCCCGCCUACUCGCCCCCAUCGCGGACGUUCUUCACGCCACCACUCCCUCGCAACUACACGAACCCUUUCGCCGACAAGCCGACCCUGCGCGGCACCAACAGUGACAGCACGAUCAUCAACACGGGCACCUACGCCAACCGGCGCCCGUUGCCACCGCCCAGUCUGAUGCCGGGCCACGAGAGGAUCCCGAUGCGUCCGCCAGACUUGGUACCGGGAGCACCAGGUAGUGGCAUCCUUCCCGGCGGUGGUCCGAUGAACGGAGGUUCGCUCAAUCCCCAGAAAGGUCCGGGCGGAGGUUCGGAUCCGGCGUACGCACCGGGCGGCAUGUCCGGCCCACCGUCUUCACAGUCGAUGGAAGCGCAGCGGAAGAAGGCCCUCAACACGCCGUCGGAAAAAUCGAACAAGCUGGACGCGGCAAAGAACUACGACAACCAGAAGCCGUUCCUGCUGGAUGAGAACGCGAACUCGAGCGCCAUCCUGCCGAACGGGAUGCACUUCCCGUCGAUCUCGCGCAUUCUGUCCGGCUCGAACGGACGCCCGCAGAUGAUCCCGGAUGUGUUGCUGCGCUCGGUAACCUCUGCACCCCGGCCCAACCAACCGUCGUACGAGCUCGGUGGGAAUGGUCCGACCUCGUUGAGCAACUCGAAGAAUCCGGCCGGCGUUGGUGGAUCACCUUUUGGCGGUGGGAAACCGGUUGGCGUCGAUAGUGGAGGGGAUCGAGACCGUGAUGGAUCAACCGAUGGUGACGGUGGUGCUGGUGGUGGUGGAGGCGGAGGAGGUGUCGAUGGAUCUAACCCCGAUGGUGAAGGACGCCGACCGUACGAUGAGGACGAUGAGGAGGAAGAGGACGACUCGUUCGAUGAGGGUGCCCAUUCGGGAAGUACCUCGAACGCGGUCACCACAACCGUCUCCUCGCUGCACGUUCUAUCAUCUUCAUCCUCACCAAUCACACAGAAAAUGCCGAACCUAAACCUCAAAUCGGUGAUGGUGAAAAAUGGCACUGGAGAAGAUGGAGCCGGAACCGGUGGAACGUACGGGAACGAUCGUAACUUCCAGGGUGAGAUCGCAGACAUCAGCACGUGGACGAUCGCGUGGAACAUCCACGUGUACCUAUCCGCCAUCCUGUACACCAUCCUGGCCGUGUAUAGCAUUUUCAAGAUCAUCUUCUACGACAAGCUGACGCAUCUGUUCUCGCAAUCGUACUUCAUCAGCAUCCACCUGAUCCUGAUCAUCAUCUGCUUGCUGCGCAUUUUCUAUCUUUGCUACGACGCUUACAACAUCCACUUCAGCUUCAAUCUGUUUACGUCCGAGGUGCUACUGAACCUUCCGCUAACCUUCCUUACGACAACGUUCGCCAUACUGAUCCUCUUUCUACUGCUCCGAUCGAUCAACCACAAAACGAACCGGUACAGUUCGAUCCUCCGCCCGCUCACCAUCAUGAUCGGGUCGGGCGUUCACGUCGGGCUUUGUAUAACGCUACAUUUGGUCGAGUCGUACGAAACGCAACAGUUCUACCACAAACAGCACCAGCUGCAGAUGCAAAACAAACAGCUCAUGAUGACGGCGGGAGGUGGUGGUGGUGGGGGUCGCGGUGCAGGUCAUGCACCACCACCGACCAACAUCCAGAUCCCACCGCGCGUCCUCUCGCUCAUCUGUCAGAUCAUCUAUAUCUUCAUCUGUCUCAGCCUCGGCCUGCUGUACCUGUACAUGUACCGGCUGCUGAAGCGAAUCCUGCACAAGAGCCAGAACUACAUCCACGGCUACAACAACCUCUCGUACGCGAUCCACAUCACGAUCGCAACGGCAUUGCUGUUCAUUCUGCUUGCCGCGCUCCAGAUCUACGGUGCGAUCAGUAUCAGUUCGCAGACGAAGGUGAAACUGUCACCGAGCCACACGCUGCACGAUGGGUCGGCCAAGAAGACGCUCUGGGCGUCCCAUAUCGAGAUCGAUUGGUUCCAGUGGGGCUACCAGUUCAGUUUGCGGUUCAUCGAGAUCGUCAUCAUCGCGCUACUGUCGUGGGUGACUGGUUUGAAGACGGGUCCGUCGAAGGUGAUCCAGCGGGAGAAGGAUAUGGAGCAACCGAACGCCAGUGGGUUCGCGCUGUUCCCGUGCACCUCGUCGUCGAGCCAGGAGAACUUCGAAACGGACUAUCCGGCCGUGUGCAAUACCAACCGUAACCUCCACACCUACACGAUGCGCACUGGGAAACCGAUCUACGAUGAUAACUUUGCGCUGAAUUCGCUCAACCUCGAGCAGAACAGCCAGCAGGAUCUGCAACUCGGUGGCGUUGGUGGACCGCCGGGUGUCGUAGGGGUCGGUGGGGUGGUCGGUGGAAACGACUUCCAACGAUCGCUCGAAACGAACAGUAUGCGCUCAUCGUCGCACAACUACAGCAACAACUACAACGGUAGCAACAACGACCACAUGCCGGAACAGGGUGACGAUUUCCUCAACGACACGGAAACGAUGCCGGAUCACUACGAGAAUCCGAACUUUGAGCUGAAACACCACAACAACCAGCCGCAUCAUCAUCAUCAGCAGCAACAGCAGCUCAGUGGCAGUGGUAGUGCGAACCAGUACCACGACAUCAUGGACAACUGCUACUCGGAGCCGAUCAAUGCGCCGCAGUACGAUACGAAGUCACUUCGCGGGCAACCAGGCCACCCGAUGGCACAGCAUCGUAACUACGACUUCCAGAACUUCGAGCGACCCAACUUUGACCCGACGGGACAUCCAACCCAGCAGCAGCAGCAGCAGCAUGGGCUACCCGGUGCGAUUCCGCCGGCCGCCGCAGCCUCGAUAUCGCGCGGUGAAUUCCGGGCGUCGAAAAACCUCAAAACCCUCAAGAGCGGCCAGAUGCAGAACGAUCUCGGCGGUGGUGCGAACACGAUGGGCCACCAUCACUACAACCACCACAACAACAUGGGCGGCCCGGUGCCACCCGGUGGCGGCAACUACGGUGAUUCGUUCGAUCGACGGAUUGGCGUGCGGAAGAGCGGCACACUGAACAACAUCGGUGCGAUGCACUUCAACCAGCACGUCGGUGGUGGCAGUGGACGCGGUAAUAACAACUCCAACUCGUCCGCCUCGUCGUCGGCCUCGUCGAACAAUCGGGCCGCAUUGCAGCAGCAGCAGCAACAGCAGCAACGUGGCCGUGGUCCCAUGUCCGGUGCGCAAACGUUAAGCUCGUCGCGCUCGUCGAACGAUCACCAUCACCACCAUCACCACCAUCAUCAACCGCCACCACCGCCUCAGCCACCGGCUGGCCAUAACUUUGCCAUCCCGGGAAGCUUCAACGAUCGGCUACUGAACGGUGGCGGUGUCGGAGGUGGUGAUUCGCUCGAACGAAACCCACAUCCACAUCAACAGGCACUUUCCUCGCAGGACAACGUGAGCGGCAACAACUUCGACGAGGGACUGCCGAAUGGACCGAGUGCGUACUACCACAGCAAGAAGCGAUCGCGGGAGUCGUCCAGCUCGAGCUACACCGGUGGCGGUGGGCCGGGUGGAGCCGUGCCAUACCCGGGCAACGGUAGCAACGAUCAUCAGACGGAAUCGUCCUCAUCGCCGACGGCCAGCAUCGGUGGUAGCAUCGGAACGCCGACGACGGGUGUGCUGCCGGGUAAGCUAGGUGGUCCGCAGCAACAGGAAAAUGGUAGCAUGCUGGUGGCGGAGCAAGGCUUCGUCCGGUUCCGGGCACUCGAGGAACCGACGCUCGGUUCGCGGACAAACCUCCGCAACCCGGAGAACAAGGGCAAGCUGUUCAUGAACUCGUAAAUAAGCCCCCCGGAGCGACACGAACGGACAGGGAAUGUGGUGAACAAGCGCGCGUGUGUGUGAGUGUGUUGUGACGGGCAAACGUGUGAGACAAACUGCACCAGGAUGAACGUUCUCGGAAAAAGUGGACAGAUUUCAUGUCAUCCUGGUCGAUGUUUACCCCGGGAACGAAAAUGAUCACGUCUCUCGGGAAAAAAUGUCAUCAGUUAUCUUUUACAUCGUUCCAACAGGAACGCAACAGCUUGCGUGAUGUUGUGUGCUGCGCAUGUAAAUAGUUUAGUAGGUCAAAACAAAUAUAAAGCAAGGACUGAUCCUGUAGCGGCACACCAUCAUCACCACCGGAACAAAAUACAUUUAAUCGGAGGAAUGUGAGGUUUAUUUCACCUUUCCUUCGCUUUUCCUCUACAGAUUGCUGCAUGGGAUGAUGCAAACAUUUACACUGUGAUGAUCUUAAUUUCAACUUCAACGGUUGCAAAGUGUUCUACGAUCUGUUGGUUCUGGGUUUAUGCAUGGUUUUUAGUUUUAUCAAAGUGACACUUGAUUUUUUGGUCACUCCAUUGCGGUAGACGAAACAUUAUGAAGGUCAUUUAAAAGGUCGCCAAUAUUUUUUUAUUUUAUUUUUCACAAAAAUUGUGUUUUGGGGAAUCAUGUUCGAUGGUCCAAUAGUUAUCAGUAGUAAGAUUUAAAGUUGACGACUAGUUUUUAUUUAUUUUUAAAAGAAAUGUUCCAUAUUUCAAGCGUUUCACACACCGUAUUGUUUUUCGUGAAGCAUAAACCGUGUUUAACCCACCAUUGAACCUCUAGACCUUACACUGUCGAAACCGUUGGAAAAAAGCACAAAACGAACACGUCAAAAAUGCAGAAAACAUGCACACUCGGUGCAACCGAACCGCUGUAGAAAGUUAAAGAAACCGUUAACUCAUUGUGAUGAUUUAAUCCGUCGUCUACGAAAAACAUAAGCAUAUUUCAAUUGAAAUAGAAAGCAUAUAGAACACCACGGUCCCUUUACACAACCCCGAACAGUUAUUUAAUGUAAAGCUAGAUCCUUGUACAUUAUCAUCGAUAGGAAUCAUGAGAUUUUGGGGGGUAACUCCAUGCCGGCAGUGCAUUUGUCAGCAACAUUGGUGGGUACUUGCCAGCUGGUGUUUUGUGUUUUCCCAGCCUUUAUUCAUUUUUCUUUUCCGCUGAAAUCCGAAAGGAUCCUGCACGCGCUUCCCUUCGGUCGUUCAGAACCCCAAACAGGGAGUUGGAAAGUUGGCCAAAUGUCAAGCACCAAGUGUUAAAACCGAUAGAAAGUUUUAUGUUGAGAACAGAAAAAUGUAAAGAAAAAUUACUACUUUGUCUGCACGUGCGCGCACACACACACACGAAUAGCCCCUGGAAAUUCCCACUCCGCCUGUUCUUUCCGCCCGUGCUCCGUUCGUUAGAGAAGAGGGAAAUGUGUUGUGGAAACAAGAAAAACGCUAGUCUGUUUUAUAAAUCUAUAUAUGUAAAUGGAAAACUGUAUCUAUAUGUGAAUAUCGUUUUUUUAAUUAUUAUUAUUAUUAUUAAACUUAGCCGGUUGAUAGUGCGGUUUACUUUUUUUUAACUAUAAUCUAAGCUAAGUUAAACGGUACGAAAAUUUUUAUUCGAUCUUAAUUUUUAUCACCGUGUGCAUCGUCCAGGAGGAAGAAGUCGCAUCGAGAGUGGCUGCGCGUGUAAGAAAACUGAAAGUGCAACAAAGUAGAAAGCGAGAGUAAGGCAGAACGAAAGUAGGAAAGAAAAAUGCAUUUAACAGCAUACAACUUUUAACGAGCUGAACAGAAAAAUUAAUAGAAAAUAAAAAUACGUUCCCACACUCACGAGUUGCGGGUUUGUGGAUGCUUGGGUUUUGAAUUUUCCACCCCAAAAUGCGGUUUGUUUUUACAGUUGAAGCAUUUUCCACGUUGCAUGUGUGAUAGUUCGGGUGCACCGAAGGCACUCGUCCAAUGCUACUUAACAAUUGGCCACGGAAGUGGAUGGAAAUAUAACAAAACACGAAAUGCCACGGAAAAUUGCUCGAUUGCCAAACUACUGAUUUUAUGUCGGAUGUUUGGUCUGUGUUGUUUCAUCUUUUAUUUUCCAAUUUGUUGCGGAGAAUUCGUAGUUCAACCAAACUAAAGCAUGGUGCAUAGAACAACCCGUGGACAGGAAACUGGAAAGUAUAAAAUCGUGUGAUCGCACAGAACAUAAAAAAGAACACAUUUAAAUUAUAACACUUACGAAACACAGACUAACAGAUAAAAACAGAUUUCCCGUUUCCCGGUGUGCUGCGGUACGAUUGUGACUGUUUUAUGUUGAAACGUGCUUUAUUUCCGAAUUCAAAGCUGUGCAUAUAGUCGUUAAAAUAGACGGAAAACCCAUGCUAAACACGAAUAGAAUAAUAAAAGAAAUCAAGAAAAAAAUAAAGUACACUCAAAAAAACAAACACACGAAUAAAUCCCCAACAAAUGUGUUAACUGUUCAUCCACUCACGUAAACUACAAAACGAAAGUAGAAAUGUGAGUUUAACAGAAAACACACACACACGAAAACCCGAAUGAAAACACACUUUUCUUCUAGCUGGUAAGGUGAUACUGAUGGAAAUAGUUGCCCAUAGCCAGUAUCGCAGUCAUGAACCGCACACGCAAUGGGUUUUUGAAAUACAUGUUGAUGCAAAAAAGAAAGAAAGAGAAAACUGAAGAACAAACGCAAAUUCCGGCAGAAGAAUAUAUAUAUAAAUAUAUAAAUAUAAAUAUAAUUCAUUAGAUCGUGGUUAGGGAGUGUAUUACGAUAGAUCGUAAAACGGGAAAAGAAGAUAAAAGAGGAAAGGAGAGAAAAUAAAAAUGAUAUGUCGGACGGAAGUGAAAAAAAGGGAAGAAAACGAAAAUGGAAAGCGAAACGAAAAGCGCCAGCCUGAUGGACGAGUAAAGAAAAUUAUGAAUAUUUAAAGUAAUUGAAUUCAGUAAAUUAAGUAUUACGUAAAAUAAAGAUGCAAAAUUCAACAAAAAUUGAAAAAUCCGACGUUUUGACUUAUUCUGCUGUAAAAAGUUUAUUGGGAAAUGUAAAAAAAACUGUUGAAUGAAAAGUACGCAAAUGGUUCUGCUCAAAAUCAACAGAUUUGCGCACGCCGGAAGUAAAAGGCACAUACAGCA